AUGUAAGCAACAAGUGAUCAAGUAUAUAGAAUUCAUUAAUCAUAGCCACCUUUUUUGUCAUUAGAAAACUAUGAUAAUUUAGAAUAAAUAAGGAGCAAGUUCCCUCCAUUAGCAAAUAUCAAUAUUGAUCGCAAUUUUAAUAAUUUAAAGGAUAGCAGAUUCUUUAUUAUAAGAACCUAGGGAGAAGAUAAUGUUCAUAGAGCAAUGAAGUAUGGUAUUUGGACGAGGUAAAGUUUUCUAUUAGGAAAGCUCUUCUCGUAAAAAUGAAAGAUUAGAUGAGGCAUUUAAGAAUAAGAAGGAAGAUGUUUAUUUAUUUUUCACCGAAAUAAAUAGUAUGUGUUUUAGUGGGAUGGCCAAAUUAAAUUCUGAGUUCAAUUCAAAAGCUCAUUUCAAAUAUUGGUUAAUUGAGAAUAAAUGGUUUGGGACAUUUUAGAUUCAAUGGGUAUUAAUUAUUAUAAUCUUUUCUUAGCUCUAUGUCAAAGAUUUACCAUUUAAACUCUUUGAAGAAAUUAAAUAAAUAUAAAGAUUAGAAGGCAGUGAAGAAACAUUAAAAUCUGUCUAUGAUCUGAUCGAUUGCACUGAAUUAACUAUUGAGAAUGGAAUCAAAAUGGCAAAAAUUUUUUAAGUAGAAAAGACAAAUAAAAAUUUAUUCGAAGAAUUUCCUUAAUUGGAUAAAUUGGAAGUAUUUGCGAUUAUCAUCAUUUAAGUAUGAAAGUAGAUAGCAAAGAACAAAUAAUAUUCGAUUUGAGAAGAAAUUUUAAGAGUUAUCAUCAGUUUUUGAAUCUAUUCCCUUCUCUUUUUCAGUUGCAUCAUAUGAAAGGAAAAAAACUAGUAGAAAAGCACAAGGUACUUAUUAUCAUUCUCAAUAUGCCCAAUAAUAUUAUUCACAAUAGCCUUUUUAGCAAUAUUAUUAAUAACCAUUUGUUGGUAUUAAAUAUUUAUAUAAUUAGGUUACUAAUUCUAGUAAACUCCUUAAUAUUGGUAAUUUAAUAAUGGAUUUUACUAAAAUUAACAUUAAUAGAAUUAGUAUCACAACAAUAAUAAUAAUGAUACUUAAGUAUUCAACAAAUAUUAACAAUCUAAUGAGAAAUAUUAAAACUAAUACAAUAAUUAUCCCAAUUAAUAAUAAUAACUAAAUUUGAACUCUCAAUAGCUCUAAUAAACUUCAACUUAAGAAGACAAUUAGAAUGUAUAAAACGUUCCUCUAGAAUAAAGAUUUUAAGUAAAUUGCCAUUAAUUGCAAAAAAGGGGAAAAUUAGAUAAAAAUAGGAAUAAGAACAAUAAAGAUGAUGUGUAAUAUAUAGAAAAAAAUUCAAUGGAAGCUCCUGUAUAAAAAAAUUGAU